UUGAAUGGAGAAAGCUUUAUUGUUCCCUUCGGGCAAGAGUGUUCGUGUCCUCCAUGGCGCUGUCAAUAAAGAACGGCAGUUUGAAUCGGUGCUGAACAGAGAGGCAGUGGAGUUUUCAGAAUACACACCGCAGAGCCAGACUGAGCUUGGGUCUCCUCUCUGCCCACAUUUGUGACCCUGGUGCUCUGGAAGGAGAGAAGGAAAGAGGUCCUCAGGGCAGAGCGGAUGCGAUGGAGCUCCCCAAUUACAGUCGGCAGCUGCUGCAGCAGCUGUACACCCUGUGCAAGGAGCAGCAGUUCUGUGACUGUACCAUCUCCAUUGGCACCAUCUACUUCCGGGCCCACAAGCUGGUCCUGGCGGCUGCCAGCCUCCUCUUCAAAACCCUGCUGGACAAUACCGACACCAUCUCCAUCGACGCAUCGGUGGUGAGCCCAGAGGAGUUUGCCCUCCUGUUGGAAAUGAUGUACACUGGCAAACUCCCAGUGGGCAAGCACAACUUCUCCAAAAUCAUCUCUCUGGCUGACAGCCUGCAGAUGUUUGAUGUGGCUGUGAGUUGUAAAAACCUCCUGACCAGCCUCGUGAACUGCUCCGUACAGGGGCAGGUGGUGCGGGAUGACCCUGCACCAUCCUCAGACUCGUUCCAGAAAGAGACAGAGAGACCGGAAGGAGAGAGCCUCUGCUCGGGGGGUGCUGGAGAGCCUCGUGCAUCCCUGGAGCUCUGCCCCCCGCCAGCGGUCCCUGGGUCAGCGGGGGUCGAAGAAGCAGGGUCUCCUGCUGUGCAGGAGAUAAGCGUGGAUCCUGCCACCACCCAGCAGCUCCAGGGCAACGUGCACACCCCAGCAGAGGCUCCCCUGACCACUGGACUUUGUCCCGCCUCCCCCAUUGCAGUCACGUGUGAGGAGGCAAAGGAAGCAAGCCUGGUACCAGAGCAUGAGAGGAAACUGUACCCACUGACUUUUUUUCUGGAAAAUGCAACUGUCUUCUCAGAUGCACUCUCGAUCACUCAGGAUGUCUUAAAAAAACUGGACUGUUCCGAAAUCAAAGGUGCCCAGAAGGAGGCCAUAAAGGCGUGUCUUGAGGGCAAAGACGGACAUUCCACUUUCCAGAGACUUCUGGAUAAAGUAAAAGAUGAGAGCCUGGUUGCUGAGGCCCUUGUGUCCCUGCUGAAGCUGUACCAAGAUUCGAAUCCUGCAGUGAAGGCAGCAUUUUCAGACAAAAAAACGGAGGAUGUAGCAGUGCAGUCCAAAGGGGGCACCGAGGAGGGGAAGACCUUGUCAGCCCUGUUACUCCUGCACAAAGAGGACCUGAUCCAGUGUGUGACGCAGCUGAGGCCGAUUGUGGAGUGCCUGGAAACUGCCAAGGAGGGCUUCCUGACAGCCACUGAGAAGCAGGUGAUUCUGAAUUGCUGCGAGGGCAGAACACCCAAGGAGACCAUAGAAAAUUUGUUGCACAGAAUGUCUGAAGAGAAGAUCCUGACUGCUGAGAGUUUGGUAAAGCUCCUUCAAGCUGUGAAGAUGGCAUUCCCAAAGUUGGACCUUCUGCUGGAAAAUUUGCAGAAAUGUGCCACUUUGCCGAGCGGCACCGCAGCGCACACAAGCCCCGAGGAUUAUGGGACCGAGCUCCUGAGACGGUACCAGGAAAACCUCUCUGAGAUUUUCACAGACAGCCAGAUGUUACUCAAAAGGAUCUCACAUGUGAAGAAUUUAACCCCUGGGGAGAAAGAGGUCUUGGAGACGCUGGUGAGCCGUGACCCCGGCGCAGGGGCCUUCAGCGCUCUGGUGUCCGCAGCUGUGGACAAACAGACCCUCCCUGCGACCGCCGUGUGGCAGCUGCUGCUGGCCACCCAGGAGCCGACGCCCUGCCCGUGGGACCUGCUCCUGGAGGAAAUCCAGAGGGAGCCUGGUGCCAAGGCUUUCUUCCGGGCAGUGAUGGCCCCCGAAAGCGCUGCCUUAGAAAUCAUCCUGAGGCACCGCACGCUGAUCCUGGCGGCUCUCCGGGAAAGGGCUGAGCUGAAGCCGGGCACCCCCGAGGAGGAGCGGCUGGCGGAGGCAGUGACUGAGAUCCUGAGCAGUUCCUCGGAGACAGCCAGCCCUGAUGCUUCCCUGAGAGCAGUGCUGAGCAGAGCCGCCGAGAAAUCCAUCUCCGCCAUUGAGAUGUGUCACCUCCUGUGCAUCACCCACCCGUCUGUCCCGGGCCUGCAGCCUGUCCUGCAGGAGUUGACAUCCGCUGGUUUCCUGACUCUGGAGAACGGGGAGGAGCGGUGGAAGGUCAGGACUAGAUUUCGCCCCGAAGCCAACAACAAAGCGGACGUAAAGGCUGCCGGGCCCGCUGCCGACGCAGCCUGCCAGGCCGGAAGCCAGAAUGACCGAGCGGAGCCGGCUUCCUCACCAGGCCAGCAGGAGAAGGAAACGUCUGCCUCCCCAGACUCUGCCAAGAAGAGCUUCAUCUGCAAGGCCUGUGACAAGAGCUUCCACUUCUACUGCCGCCUCAAGGUGCACAUGAAGCGCUGCCGGGCGGCCAAGAGCAAGCAGGUCCAGUGUGGGGAGUGCAGCGAGACCAAGGAGUCCAAGAAGGAGCUGGAGAAGCACCAGCUAGAGGCCCACGGUACGGGUGGCGAGCCAGAGGCGCCCAAGAAGAAAAAGAAGAGGCUCCCUGUGACCUGUGACCUCUGCGGCAGGGAGUUUGCUCAUGCCUCAGGCAUGCAGUACCAUAAACUGACAGAGCACUUUGACGAGAAGCCUUUCUCCUGUGAAGAAUGUGGCGCCAAGUUUGCAGCUAACUCAACCCUGAAGAACCACCUUCGCCUUCACACUGGUGACCGGCCCUUCAUGUGCAAGCACUGCCUCAUGACCUUCACCCAGGCCUCGGCUCUGGCCUACCACACGAAGAAAAAGCACUCGGAAGGGAAGAUGUACGCGUGCCAGUACUGCGACGCUGUGUUUGCCCAGUCCAUCGAGCUCUCCCGCCACGUGAGGACACACACUGGAGACAAGCCCUACGUCUGCAGGGACUGCGGCAAGGGCUUCCGGCAGGCCAACGGCCUCUCCAUCCACCUGCACACCUUUCACAACAUAGAAGACCCCUAUGACUGUAAGAAGUGCAGGAUGAGCUUCCCCACGCUGCAGGACCACCGCAAGCACAUCCACGAGGUGCACUCCAAGGAGUACCACCCCUGCCUGACGUGCGGGAAGAUCUUCAGCGCCCCCUCCAUGCUGGAGCGGCACAUGGUCACCCACGUCGGGGGGAAGCCCUUCAGCUGUGGGAUCUGUAACAAGGCCUACCAGCAAUUGUCUGGCCUGUGGUACCACAAUCGAACGCACCACCCUGACGUAUUUGCGGCUCAGAACCACCGCUCCUCCCGGUUCUCCUCACUGCAGUGCAGCUCCUGUGACAAGACGUUCUCCAACACCAUGGAACACAAGCGGCACAUUAAAACAGAGCACGCAGAUGUGAAGUUCCACGAGUGUGACCAGUGCAAGGAGCUCUUCCCCACACCCGCGCUGCUGCAGGUCCAUAUCAAGUGCCAGCACUCAGGCUCCCAGCAUUUCCGCUGCCUGUACUGCGGGGCCACCUUCCGCUUCCCCGGGGCGCUGCAGCACCACGUGACCACGGAGCACUUCAAGCAGUCGGAGAACACCUUCCCCUGCGAGCUCUGCGGGGAGCUCUUCACCUCCCAGGCCCAGCUGCACGCACACUUGGACUCGGAGCACCCCAGGGCCACAGGCACGGAGGCGCCGGCCACCACCCCCCAGAUGGUGCAGGUGAUCCAGAGCGCGGAGCCGGGGGCCCCCGCGGAGCAGGUGAUCACGCUGGAGGAGACCCAGCUGGCCGGCUCGCAGGUGUUUGUCACCUUGCCAGACUCGCAGGCGCCUCAGAGCAGCUCCGAGCUGGUGGCCGUGACCGUGGAGGAGCUGCUGGACGGCACGGUGACCCUGAUCUGUGGGGAGGCCAAGUGAG